AAAGUAUUAUAUAUACAGCUUUGCUGGCGACUUUCAAAAAAUCGCCGCUACUGAAAAUCGCCAAGCAGUGGGCUAAAGCACAUUUUCACCAAACUUUUAUUAUUGUUUACGAAUAGACAUUCUUGUAAGCAAUAAAAUUAAUUUUUAGUAUUAAGUUUACCUUUUUUCCCCCCUUAGAAUGUGAAAAAUUUAAUCGAAAGGAAAUGCUCAUACACUAUCUUUCAGCUGAAUCUGUGACGCAUUUGUUUAAAUGUAUGUUUAAAUUGUUAAAAUAAGUAAAUGUCAGAAAAGAGUACUUGAAUCAACAAAUCAGAAACGGCUGCAUAAUAAAUUAACAGAAAGAAACAUCUUUUCGUGCUGUUAUGGAAUACCAAUCAAGCAAUGAAAACUUGGAAACAAACCCUGUUGAAUGCGAAUCGUGUAAACAAACGUGCGGUGGCAGAGGAGUAUUCUGUAAUAAUAUUCUAUCACAAAAUAUUCAAAGCUAUAAAUGCAAUGAUUGUGAAAUGUGCUUUACAGAUAAAUUGAUUUUAGAUCAACAUUCUUUAAUUCAUAGUGAUGAUAAAACAUAUGAAUGUGAUAUUUGUGGAAAAAUUUUUCUUAAUGAAAGCUCUGUUCAAAGGCAUACUAAGAUCUGCCAUUCUCCAGAUAAACCUUAUACAGGCAAAGAAAUAUUUACAUGUGGUGUAUGCAAUAAAACGUUUGAACAUAAAUCUAAAUUGCGUAAACACAGUCGUUCUCAUCGUGCCAGAUCCCAUGUUUGUGACAUAUGUGGAAAAAGUUUUGUGGAGAAAAGCACUCUGUCUCAGCAUUAUUUUAUUCACACCGGAGAGAAACCAUUUCAGUGUAAAGUGUGUGGACAAAAGUUUAAUAAAAACAGUACCCUCACGAAGCAUUAUAAACGCCGUCAUCCAGAAGGAAACCCAGCAGAUGAAAUUAAAAAGCCAGCACAGGAACAGUGUUCUGGAAUAAAAAUAUAUACUUGCAUCAUAUGUGGUAAAAAAUUUGAUGCCAAGUUUAAGUUACUCAAGCACAGCCGUAUUCAUUCUGGGGAAAGACCUUUUGUAUGCGAGAUAUGUGGAAAAGGUUUUAUUGAAAAAAGCACUCUUUCUCAGCAUUAUUUUAUUCAUACAGGAGAGAAACCAUUUCAGUGUGAGGUCUGUGAAAGGAAAUUCAAUAAAAAGAGUGCUCUUAAAAGUCAUUCAGUUCUCCACUUAAAACAAAACAGUUCAGAUGAUACUAACACAUCAUUUCCCAAAGUUUUUACGUGUGAUAUAUGUGAUAAAAAGUUUGACAUGAGAAUGGCAUUGCACAACCAUCGACGAUAUUGUUCUGGCGUGAAAAAACAUGUAUGUGAAUUGUGCGGAAAAGGUUUUGUUGAGAAAACAAACCUUCUUCGUCAUUUGUUAAUUCACACAGGAGAAAAACCCUAUGAAUGUGAAAUAUGCAACAAAAGAUUUAAUACAAAUAGCUAUCUUAAAAAACAUUUGCAUCUCCACGUGAAGGAAAAGAGUUCUGAUAUUGUAGAUCCUGAACCUGUGAAAGAAACACAUGAAUGUGAAAUAUGUUAUAAAAAGUUUGAUUCAAAAGGGAGAUUAAAUGAUCAUCAGUUGUAUUGUCGAGGGGUAAAACGCCAUAUGUGUGAAAUAUGUGGCAAAGGUUUUGCUUACAAAAACAAAUUGUUGCAACACAUUUUAAUUCAUAUUGGUGAAAAGCGUUAUGAAUGCGAAGUAUGUAAAAAAAAAUUCAGUACAAGCAGUUAUCUUAGGAAACAUUCAUUACUACAUGUUCCAAAUGGAAUUUGAUACAUUCUGACUUUGCAUUAGGUUUUAAAUUAAAUUUAUUUAAGAUAUGAAACAGAUUUUUAUAUCUACAGUCCAAGAUAAUAUAAAGUUUUUAUUUAAAUGUCUACAGUUUAAAAACUGAAUAAUGAAGCUCAUAGCAGGUUUUUUUAAGAAUAGUAUGAAACAUGUAGUAAUUAAAUGUAAACAUGUACAUGUAAACAUGUAGUUUUGAUUUAAAGCAUGUAUAAUGCUUAAAUGUCAGAUUGCAUAAUUUAUUUAAUUUUAAUGAUGAUAAAAUUUUCUAUAGCAUUGUUUUCUCUUCAGUAUAAAUUUGAAAGAUGUAUAAUUAUUAUUAUUCAGCAAAUCUUAAUAUCAUGAUUCAUUGAUUUAAAUUAGCAGUACUAAUGUAUUAUCACAACCAGCUUAGUAAAAUCACCAAAGUUUCAGAACAUGCCAAAAGUGCACAACAGUUUUUUAGGCAACCAUAGGCGUGAUAAUUCUUUAGUCGUCAUUAUUGUAUUUCUCUUUUUUUUUUUUUGUUUCUUUGUUGUUGCAUUUUGAAUUCAAUGGAUUUUAUAGACAAAUUAGGAUACUUUUCAAUUUUAAAAAUGAGCUUUUCAGAUUGAAAGAAACUGCAAUCAAAUUUCUACCAGAAUACAGUAUUUUGCUGUAGAAAUGGGUCAUUGCUAAAGGAAAAAAAUAUUUUGAAUCUCUUUUUCAAGAGAUUGCCACGAAAUCAACCAGAAUAAAACCCCUCUUGUGAGUAAGUUUAUGGAUAGUUUUUAAGAUAAAUACAUAGUUAAAAUGUAAAAUAUGCUCAUAAUAAUAAGUUUGUAAAUAAUAGAUAAUUUUUUACAUUUAUAAGAUAUUCUUUUUCUUCCAUGAGAUCUGCCAAACUGCACAUAGGUUAUUGUGCUCAUACAUAAGUACCAAAAUAGCUUCAUAACAAUAAACCAUGGUAGCAAAACAUAAAUCUCAAAGCACUUACAUCGCAAGUAUGCAAAAGUAAGAGAAGUGAAUUGAGAGCUUCAUUUUAAUUAUUAAAUAGGAAGUUAGUUUUUAUUAUCAAAAAUCAAAAGGUUUAAGCAAUUGAGUUGUUUACAGAGCCCUACUUCUGAUGCUUUGCAUUCAGUGGUAUGUAAAAUAUCUAAAAAUUCUGUAUCAGUCUGAUACUGAUCAAAUUUAACUAUGAUAAUAUGUGUCCCUUCCUCUCUUCAGAAUGUUUUCACUUUUAUAGCAUCAACAUUUUGAAAAUACUCUUUAUGCAAUUGCCAUGGUAGUUCUUUUUCAAGAACAUUCAUUUACCCUUGGUUUAUAUUAUUAUUUUUUUUUUAACAUGGUGUUACUUUGGAUAAAAGCAGCUAAAUGCAUCCAUAUGCUUAACAUCAUUUCAGCUUUAAGAAUAGCUGAAGUCAUGCAUACUUCAGCCAUAUUUAAAGCUUUCUUCCAAAUAAAAAUAUGCUAUUUUCUGUAUACAGUUUAAAAGUACAGGGAGCAUUCUUAUCAAACAAUUAUAUAAAAAUCCUUUUUCUCACUGUUACAUUUUAGACUCGUAUGUUUACUUAUAAGUAGCAUUAUAUUCAUGUACCUAACUUUUAUCUUUCAGACCUCUUUGGUGAUACAAUUUGGAAGAGACUUUUAUGAAGUUAUCUUGGAAUACAAAACAUAUGGCAAUAAAAUAUCAUACAUAGUAAAAAUUUGGUUUAAUCCAACUGAAAGCACACGAGUCAACAUGUUAUAUUACAUAGGUAUAUUAAUUCAUCAGUUUGUUUAAUCAUAAAGCAGUAAAUAAUUUUUUGGAAACACAAAAUGUAAAAAUAGAGAGAAAAAAAAUAUACAAAGUAAUGAAAAAUAACAGGCAAAUGAAGUUGUACUAUUAAUUAAUAAACACUGCAAAGUAUUUAAUUAAUUUAUUAAAUUAGUGAUGAUUUUAUGACAUUAAGUUGAUUCUGCUGGGGAUGUUAACCUCUUACUAUAACAUCAUUCAAUAAUUAAGAAAUUUGGAUUAGGCAUUAACUGUCCUUCCUGGUUAGUUGAAAGCAUGAAUGCAUUCAAACAAUCAAGAAUAAUACCUUACAAGAGGAAAUCAUUUGAUUUACAAAUACUUUAAUUAAAAAUAAUAUUCCCAAAUAUCCUAUUAAUUUUUUUUUAUAAAAAAGGUGGCAUUAACUACGAAUUCUAAUCUGUAAUUUUAUUAGAUAAUGAUUGCAAUAUUUCAAAUUGCAAGGAGAAGAGCGCAGGAUGUAUUAAUUAGGAGAACAAUUUUAGCCAUUUUUCGUAAUACUUCUAUGAUAGUAACAAGUUUUAAGGGUAGUGUUUGCCAGUUUGUAGAAGCAGCAUUUUUUGUAAGGCAACCCUAUUCUCAGAAGCACAUUUCUUGGGUUCAAAUCCCGGAGAAAGCGUGGAUGUUUGUAAAUACACAGUGUCCAUGCUGCAUAGGGACACUCUAAAUAUGCGCCAACCCGAAAGUCCUCUCAAGCAGUUGGUGGUAGGGAAAGAGGGGUGGGAGACUCUCGGACCUGUUCCCCCAGGGUGCUGUCUAUCAAAUUGGGGGCAGAACUGAGCUAAAUUGCACUGUCACCUAUAAGGUGUUCAAGGCUGUUGCCAACGACAGGUGUGCUCCUUGCCAUAAGGAAUAUCGUGGGUUUGGGCUGACUAUAAAAACCAGGGAGAAUUAGCAACAACAUAACAUUUUCUUCUUUGUUACACAGAUCAAUUAGCAAUAUUCUUUAGCAAAGGAGCUUUUCAAUAAGCCAAAGCUAACUUUCUUAGGUAACCUUGAUCAUUAACACCUGUAGAAAGAGUAGUUAGAUACCAAGUUUCAGCCAUUUACGUAAGUUACAACAAGAGUAGACAUUUGAUUGAGAGGAUUUUUCAUCAUUUAUGGCAGUUUUGCUUUUAGUAUUAAACCCUUGAUACUUAUGUAUUAUCCCUUCGACCAACGGCGGGAACUUUGGCAAUGGCAAUCGUUACUGGGGAGUCGCUAAAUCGUGCUACUUGGCCGGUCGGUGGGAUAAUAUGCAAGUACCCAACACUUUUUCACAAUUAGAGCAAUCUUCUCGUACCUUUUACCUAAAUUUAACACCACUAUUAGAAGUGUAGUUUUUUUCCCUCCUGAGAACUAUAUAGCCAGUUUGAAAAUAUUUUAAAGAGACAGUAGAUAGUUGCUCUAAUAAGUAAUUUUUUGGUCCUUUUGCUUUUUAUAAUUAAUUGAUGUAAUAAUAAUGUGAUUUUAAUUUCGAUUUUUUUAAAGAAUUUUCAUUUUUUCAUUCAUUUGAUUUUUGUUUGAAGAAUUUUUUUUUACUUUCCUACAUAAAAAUUUUUUACACUCUAAAAUCUUAAUAGGAUAUUGGAAUCUUGAAGAGGCUUUCCCCAUAGAGGUGUUAUUCUUGAUUAUUUGGAAGAUAGUUAGGUUCUUUAAUUUUUAUUUUUGCUGUUUAAUAUGUUUUCAAGUAGUCGGGAAGGAAAGAAACAUCUAAUCAUAAUUCUUUAAUAAUUAAAUGAUGUUAUGGUAAGAGGUUAACACCCCCUGAAGAGUCAACUUAAUGUCAUGAAAUCAUCAAUAUUUUAUUAAAUUAAUCUAAUAUUUUGCAGUUAUUUUUAUUUGUUGGUACAAAUUUCUUUCAGCAUAGUUAUUUUUCACUAUUUUGAAUAAAUUUUUGUCACUGACUUUUUACAUUUUGUAUUUCCAAAAAAUGAUUCCUGUUUGUUAUGAUUAAAAUAAUUAAUUAAAAUUGAAACAGCUGUAUUAACUCUAGAUUAUUCCUUUGAAAGUCCAUUUUAAGUCAGUUUUUUGCAGUUCAGUAUAUAAAGUUUGACCCUUGUAAGACAAAAGUUGACUAAGAUAUUUAAUUUCAAAAUUUGACAUUUUGAAUUCGUAAUGAGGCAUCAGUAAAUAAAUAAAUUAAAAUAAUUCAAGUCUUGAUUUUUUUCCCCUUCUUUCAUUCGCCAUUCAGUGAUAUUCUUUGCGAUUUACUAGUGUUGUUAUUUACAGUUUUAUUGCAUUUAGUAUGCUGAAAGAACUUUCACAAGAAAUGUGAAAGUUUUCAGUCAGAAAAUACAAUUUUAAUAUCCUCAUGAAGUUUUAUUGCUUUAGAAUCAUAAUCUGGUAACUGUUAAAAAAUUCAUUAAAAUACAAAUAUUUUUCAUUUUUAAUGAAUGCAAAUAAUAUUCUGAGUUUGCUACAUGCCAAUACUAUUUCUUCUUAUGCCUGUUCCCCCCCCCUAAACACAAAUUUUAUACAAUAUCAAUUCUUAUGCCUGUUUUUUUUCCCCCCUAAACACAAAUUUUAUACGAUAUCAAUUUUGAAAAAAAUUACAAUCCUAUCGACCAUUGAAAUUCGUAAAGCAGCGCCAGUGAUGGUUAAGUAUGACAUGAGAGAAAAAAUUUUGUAUACUUCCACAGCAAAGGCUGUUUACUGGUUUGUGCAGAGACUGAAGAAUGUUUCAUUGUAAGAGUUGCACAUAAAAAGUAUGGCUCGGAAUUCUGAAGGAAUGAUUGGUGUAACUUUGACGGGAUCUCCUCCAACUAUCAUAGUUGAAGCAAUAAUACGAACAUAACAAAAAUUAUAUUUAUCAAUAUUUUUCAUAAUAAUCUGUAUAGAAAUGCUCAUUACAUAUCAGAAAUUUGUUUAAUUUUAGUUACAUAAAAGGCAGAAAUUUCGCUCUUCAAUUUGUAUAGGACCUCUGAAAAUGAUUUCUGAUUUUAAUAUCAAAUAUUUUAGUCAAUUUUUAUUGUACUGGUGUCAUACUUUUUGUGUUUGAUUUUAUAUAAUAUGUAAUUCUGCAUUUCAUAUAUAACUAAUUUUUUAAAUUUAAAAAUAUGAAUCUUUGCAUUUAAAACAUUUUUAUGACCAAUGGUUGUGCAAAUAAAAGCCAAGUAAGGACUUUUAUAGACAAGGUAUGUGAAAGUGCAAAUAAUAUUAUUGCAUAGAAGCCAAGUGGGUAAUUGCUUAACACUGGUAGCUUGAAACAGGUUUGGUUCCUGAAGAAUGGACUUGUUUUCUGAGCACUUCUACAGUUUUCAGCAUAUAUACAAGCUGAUUUUCCUGAAGAAUCCUCUGUGAAUACAUUUCUUCUUUCAGACAGAUAACUUUCUGCCUAUUGCCAUAAUCAAAUAAUCUAAUGAUAUCCAAACAGUAUUCUAAUAUCCAUUCUACUAAUGUUUCUAGCAUUCUGACUUAUUAAGAUAUUCUCUCAUUAAAAGUGUGGAUACUAUUUACAGCAUUAUUUAGAAGAUCAAUAAAAUGUUCCCAGCUGAGCUGUUAAGAAGUUCUGCGAUAUUCAAAGUAACAAAUUUCAGUCUUUGUAGAAUGGCAAGGACACUACAAACACUGAUCCUUACUUUUGAAUUAGAUUAAUAUUUUUUUUAUCAAAUUAUUUUAUUCUUUCUUAUGCAACUGUAAUAACUUUGGUUUGAUUAACCUUUUAUUUAUUAUUUUUUUUUCAGGUUGAAGUUCAAAUUUACUAUCACAAUCAUGAUUACUAUAAAUCUGAAAAAUAAAUUUCAUUUUUAUUAUUU